CCCCAUCGGCCCAGCUCGCAAAGAUCCAAUCCGACGCGCGCGGGUCAAUGCAACCGCAGAGGCUGGCCUGCCUCCAUGAAUUCCUUCCCGUCUCGUCGCCUCCUCUCCUGUCUGUCGUCCUAGCUGGUCAAAAUCGUUCCGGAUACACAUAACAACACACCCCCACACGCAGAUAACUCGAUAUACAUACAUAGAGCCCCCGUCCCCCGUACGCGGCUUGCGGCUGGAGAUAGAUCCUCUCCUCCCCGGCCUCUUGCUCUCCCCCUCCCUUGGCCUCGCUCGCCUCCACCCCGCCGCCUCUACCCCACACGCGCGGCGCGAAAGGUACACUAGUAAGGUGCGCACACUGGAAAGAGGAGAGAUCGGCGGAGCAGAGGGUUCCCGAGGGCGGCGCUGCGGGGAGAGAUGGAGUUCACUCCUGCGGGGACGAGCAGCAGGUUCUCUAGAGAGGGAGAGGAGGAGGAGGAGGAGGAAGGGGAGGAGUUGGAGGAGGAAGAGGCUUCCCCGCGUGAGAUCCCCUUCAUGACGACGAUGACGGCGGCGGCUUCCUCGUCCUCUUCCCCGACAUCCGCAUCUCCUUCCGCCGCGGCUUCCGCGUCGGCAUCGGCUCGCUCCAGCGACGGCGCGGGUGCGUCGGGGAGCGGGGGAGGCGGCGGCGGCGGCGGCGGGGGCGACGUGGAGGUGAUCGAGAAGGAGCACAUGUUCGACAAGGUCGUGACCCCGAGCGACGUGGGGAAGCUGAACCGGCUGGUGAUCCCGAAGCAGCACGCGGAGAAGUACUUCCCGCUGGACUCGGCGGCGAACGAGAAGGGCCUGCUGCUCAGCUUCGAGGACCGCACGGGCAAGCUGUGGCGCUUCCGCUACUCCUACUGGAACAGCAGCCAGAGCUACGUCAUGACCAAAGGGUGGAGCCGAUUCGUCAAGGAGAAGCGCCUCGACGCCGGGGACACCGUCUCCUUCUGCCGCGGCGCCGCCGAGGCCACGCGCGACCGCCUCUUCAUCGACUGGAAGCGCCGGGCCGAACUCAUCCGGGACCCGCACCGCGGCCUCGCGCGCCUGCCCAUGCCCAUGCCUACCUCCUCGCCCUACGGGCCCUGGGGCGCCGGGGCCGGCGGCUUCUACAUGCCGCCCGCGCCUCCGGCUACCCUCUACGAGCACCACCGCCUCCGCCAGGGCUACGACUUCCGCAACAUCAACGCCCCCGCGCCGGCUAGGCAGGUACUCUUCUUCGGCUCUGCCGCCGGGGCGAUGCCUCCGCACGCGCCCAUGCUUCCGCCUCCGCAGCCGCAACAGCAGCCUCCACUGCACAUUGCCGUGCCGGUGCAACCAAGCCCCGUGGUGACGGUCGGCCUGCCCAUGGUCCUCGAUUCGGUGCCACUCGCCGGCAGCCCGACGACGGCCGCCAAGCGCGUGCGGCUGUUCGGAGUCAACCUCGACAAUCCACACUCGCACGGUGGCGGCGAGUCGAGCAACGAUGCCAACGCAUUGUCGCUGCGGAUGCCCGGAUGGCAAAGGCCGACACCACAUAGAUUGCUGGAAUUGCCUCCGCACGGUGCAGCUGGGGCCGAGUCGUCUGCCGCCUCGUCGCCGUCCUCAUCGUCGUCCUCCAAGAGAGAAGCCCAUUCCUCUUUGGAUCUCGAUCUGUGAACAUAUUCUGUGAGCUCGAUCGGGAGCGCGUACCAAAGGAAAGUUCAACAAUUCCUUCUUCUGUUUGUCACCCUUCCACCUUUUGCGUUUCCAUUAUAACAUUGAUAGGAGGAGCCAGCAUUUAACAUUUUGUUUUGGCCAUUCAAAUUCUUGGUGUAUGGUUUGAGAAUUAAUAUAGAGAGAGAAAUUAGGCGAAUUAAUUUGCAUUAUAUUCGUUUGGUUUCAAAUAAGAACAUCUCCUCUUCGAUCUUCA